AUGACCAAGUUUUCUGGCCCUCUUGAUGUGGGAUUUAUUCGAAUCAGCAAUACCCUUAUCAGAUGGGUUGACGACAUCAAAAACAAGAAAAAAGAGAUGUCAGAUAACAGAGAGGAUUCCAGCUAUGAAGCUGUCAGAAGAUGGCUUAAUCCAGUCGAUUUUAGAGCCAAGUUGCUAGCUAUUGUAGACCAAUCCAUCUUCAUCCAUGAUCGCGUCAUUUCCAGAAGAACUGCGGUACAAGAAUGGCAAAACAGCUACGGCGGCCUUCUCAAUAUCACUGGCGAUACUGGAUACGGAAAGACUUCAUAUGCCGCAAGUGUUGCUAAAAAGCUAACCAGAGAAUGCGCACAAACAAGAAAUUUCGCUGGCUUCGCGUUUUGCCGUGGCCUUACACCUUCAGCAAUACUCAGAAGUCUACUAUGGCAAUUUACUCAAGUUGGGCAAAUGAGGCCUCAAGAAAUCCAAAAAGUCAUGCAAGCAUAUCACCGACACUCGGGCUCAGAAAUGAACGCAAGACUUACACCGGAUGAAGAAAGCGUUGUUUUUCGACAAAUUUACGAGAAGCUUCUUAGUGAUUAUGAUCAAGUCACACUUAUUCUGGAUGCCGUCGACAAAUGCACAUCUCAGGAACACCUUUUACGACAUGUGUCUCUUCUGGUCUCUUGUCUAUCAAGAGCUCAAGUCAAAUGCAGAAUUCUUGCUACCAGCCAGGUCGCUAUUGAGUGGCCACACGUCGAGACAGGCAAGCUGCUGCAUGAGGUCAUACCGAUAUCAGAGUCUGAAAUGACAGAUGACAUCGCAGAAUACGUUUGUCGCUCUCUACAAGAUUUACGACCUCCAAUGAUGCAGUCUUCACAGGUUGUUAUUCUGUCAAAAUGCUCCGAAGUGGCAGGGGACGGUUGGCCAUACGCGAUGCAUAAGCUGGCCACUGAAUACGCCCACGAAGGCAGACACAAUGUAGCCCAAAAGAUUGAGGAAUCCGUCCUCGAGUAUAGGACCGACAGAUUUUCAAAGGACAGCAUACCAACCAUUGAGUGCGAGCGAACACUUGCAAUCGCAUUGGGGGGCCAGGGGCUAUACCAAGAGGCCGAGACUCUACAGCGGCAACUCCUUGAAAAAUUGCAGUCCAAUCGAGAGUUAAACAACAAACUCUACGAAACUAUCAUGAAUGAUCUGGCUCUCAAUCUCACCGACGCAGAGAGGUGGGAAGAAGCCAAGGAAAUCCAGCUUCAACUCGUCGAUAUCUGGGGACAAGGUGGACCGGAAACAAGCGAUAAGCUGAGAACAGGGAUCAGCAAUCUUGCCAUUACCUACAGCCGCCUGGGUGAAUUGGAAAACGCGGAGAUCAUGCUGCGAGAGUCACUCCGCCGCGACAUUGAGGCUUUUGGAGACGACAUGGACCACAAAGUGAUAGUGGUUAGUAAGAUUAACUUUGGACAGAUUCUGUCACAAGCGGGGAAAUGGGAAGAGGCCGAAGAAUUACAGUUGAGCGCGAUGGAAGCAAGCAUGCGAAUUUUUGGGAUGGACAAUCUGGUUACGUUAAGUUGCAUGUCUAAUGCAGCUUGGACGUUGCAAAAGCAGGGCAAGUAUGAAAUGGCGAAAGAACUGCAGUUGCAAGUCGUUGCUGGAAGAACUCGGCUGCAAGGGCCUAAUCAUCCGCAGACUCUUGGGAUAUGUGGCAAUCUUGCUGAAACCUUGGGCAAUCUUCAUGAAUACAAGGAAGCCCGGCACUAUGCCAGACGAGCAUUGGGAUAUUAUUCUGCUAAGUGA